AUGCCUGACAAGCCACAGCCAUACAAAAUCUCAGUCCCGGAAAAUAGUCUCGACGACCUGAAGCAGCGUCUAUCACUAGCAAAAUUCCCAACGCAGAUCGAGUCACCGGACCAGGAUCCAUGGGACUUUGGAGCGCCAGCCAAGGAAGUGCAGAGGCUGGCAACUUAUUGGAAAGAUGAGUUUGACUGGCGGAAAGCAGAGGCACAGCUAAAUGAGCUGCCUCAGUAUAAGCUCCCCAUUGAAGUAGAUGGAUUUGGUGUUCUGGAUAUCCACUUCGUUCAUCAGGUGAAUCCGGUGAAGAAUGCGAUUCCACUGCUAUUUAGUCAUGGAUGGCCGGGAUCUUUCAUUGAAGUGUCAAAACUACUCUCCCCAUUAAAGGGCGAUGAUCAGCAUCCCGCGUUCCACGUCGUCGCUCCCUCAUUGCCAAAUUUUGGUUUCUCCUCUGGGGUGACUCGUCGCGGGUUCGGACUAGCGCAGUAUGCCGAGACGGUGCACAAGCUCAUGCUCAAACUCGGCUACACGCAGUAUGUAACCCAAGGAGGCGACUGGGGUUUCUGGGUAACAAGAGCCGUAGGCCUCUUAUACCCGGAGCACUGCAAAGCCUCGCACAUCAACAUGGUGGUUUCCAAGCCACCCCAAUGGAGUCGCACUCCAAUGUUGGCGCUGCAACAUGCGCUGCAGCCCUAUACUAGCCGCGAGAAAGAUGGCCGCGUGCGGUCCGCUUGGUUCGACCGAGAAGGAUACGGAUACAACAUGUUGCAAAGCACAAAGCCACAGACUAUCGGCAUUGCACUGGCUGAUAGCCCCGUCGCGCUGUUAGCCUGGAUAUACGAGAAGCUUCACGACUGGACAGACUCAUAUCCGUGGACAGACGACGAGAUCCUAACCUGGAUUUCUAUCUACUGGUUCUCAGUCGCUGGCCCUGCGGCGAGUGUUCGCAUUUACUAUGAAGCAUGCCACCCGCAACCUCCAAAAGGAAUCUCCUAUGACCCACUUAGGGAAUACAUCCCGCACAUCAAGCUUGGGGUUGCCCAUCUCCCCCGUGAGAUCUCGGUAGUCCCUGCCACCUGGGCUGCUGCGUUGGGCCCGGUUGUAAGACAGAGUGAGUAUGCUCGAGGCGGGCAUUUUGCGGCAUGGGAGGUGCCGAAUGAUAUAAUUGAGGAUCUGCAAGCUAUGUUUGGUAAAGGCGGGCCAUGCUACGAGGUCGUGUCUGGCAAAGAAGGGUAUUAA